UGUGUCCAAUCAGAAUGUAUCUGUCGUGGAAUGAAAAUAAAGCAGCAAUGCGUAAACAAGCGCUGGAUCCUCCUCCGCCGCUCUCUCCUAUCAUCUAGCCUAUAUUCUGAAACCAGUUCCGUAUUCAGCGCUACUUUAAUGUAACGUCGGUGCGCACACCAUACAGCGUGUAGGUUGUAUAAUUAUCGGAUAAGAUCACACCAUCUCGACCAUGGAGCCUUGAACUGGAAGACACCCACAGCACCACAGAGAUGAAAAUGCAGCACACUUGAUAUCUCCCUGGAGGGGAAACCUGAAUUAAGAUGAAGCGACUGAAGGGGAAAACCCAACAGUGUGGAGCAUUGCAGAAAGUCCUGUGAACACUGACCUCCAGCCCCCAUCCUCCCAUCAUUCCUUUCCUCCAAAUACACAACACUCCCAUUCAUCACCACUCCUGCUCUGGUCCAAGAUGACCUCACCGAGAAAGCACCUGGUCAAGGAUUUCAACCACUUUAUCACAUGCUACGUGUGCAAAGGAUACCUGAUCAAGCCCACCACGGUGACAGAGUGCCUGCACACCUUUUGUAAAAGUUGUAUUGUCCAACACUUUGAAGACAGCAACGACUGCCCCAAAUGUGGCAUCCAAGUCCAUGAAACCAACCCUCGGGAGAUGUUAAGGUUGGACAACACUUUAGAGGAAAUCAUUUUCAAACUCGUUCCUGGGCUGAGAGAAAAAGAACAACAGCAGGAGAUCGAGUUCUGGAGGAGUCGAAAGUGGAAGGAGAAUGGAGAAGAAGACGGCCCCCGAUCGAAGAGAUCCAGGCUGGAUGACGAGGAUGAUGGUGGUGGGGAUGGAGACUACCACAGGAGUGACCCACAGAUAGCCAUCUGUCUUGACUGUCUACGCAACAGCAGCCUGGUGGGAGAGAACGUUGUUAAGGGUUUAAUGAAGAAAUUUAUACGGUGCUCGACUCGAGUGACAGUCGGAACAAUCAAGAAGUUUCUCAGCUUGAAGUUAAAGCUUCCAAGUUCUUAUGAGCUAGACGUCCUAUGCAACGGGGAGAUCAUGGGAAAAGACCACACCAUGGAGUUCAUCUACAUGACGCGGUGGAGACUUCGCGGUGAAACCGCCUACCCAAUGGUACUAGAAUAUCGGCCACGGAUAGACUUUGGUUGACGGAGAGAGACGUGGGACUACUCCUGCACUAACAGCCCAUUGACAGACUACACAAUGAAUGGAUGUGCCUGGCACAAGAGACAAGGACCACGUCUUCCUAUCAUCUGCAUGCAGUAGUCCGUUAUUGCCUCUAAUCUCAUUCUGUUCUUGUAUGUUAUCUUCCAGUUUCACAGAUAUCUUUCUAAAGCGCAAGAAGGGUUUAAGAACAUGCAUGCCUAUCAUGGUGUAUUAAUGCUUGGAAAAGUACCAAAAUGUAAUUGACUGAAGGGUGAAGACCUGUUGGUCCACAUCACUCAAAAGUGUUCAGAAUAAUACUAAGUGAAAUGACUAGUAAUCCACUGUUACGCAACACAAGAAAGAUAUUCCAAGACAAAGUUGUACACUGGCAAACGGCCCAUAAUAUUUCCCUCUAUCUCCUAUCUAUGCUGGAUUUAGUGUCUUACAUGACCUCUCCCCUUACUUCUGUUUUUAAUCAUUAAAGGGGCAAUCAGCAGUUGCAACGUCCAUUUUUGGCCAUAUAAAUUAACCAUCUAUACCCAUUGAUUCUUGAAGAAUCAAACUUAUAAAUGCCUCACGAGCUUAGUUCAACUGUCGUACCCAAUCUGAACCCAAAAUAUAAGCUUGUUUUACUCCAAUGUAAAUGUAAACAAACCGUAUAUAUCCUCAAAACAUGGUUAAAACUAUAAUUGUAAUAUCAUGGAAGGUCAGUUCUUGCAUCCAUAGCUCUGUCUAUAAAUUUGAGAGUGGUUGCAUUUCUCCAGCCCCAUCCUUAGCUUUUACUGAAAUAUGGACACUGGGAAUAGGCUUUGUUAUUGUUACUGUCUACUAAUGAUUGCUGCUUUAACUAUGGUAGUGCCUUUCCCCACAUGUCUCUCUUUCAGUGGAGUGCAAAAUCCAAACUGCUCUUCAUUUCAAAUUCCUUGUACUUUAUUUAUAUUUUACCUUUUUAUUUAACUAGGCAAGUCAGUUAAGAACAAAUAGGAACAGUGGGUUAACUGCCUGUUCAGGGGCAGAACGACAGAUUUGUACCUUGUCAGCUCGGGGGUUUGAACUUGCAACCUUCCGGUUACUAGUACAACGCUCUAACCACUUGGCUACUUUGCCGCCCCAUUCAGCCUAGCGGAGUCAAAAGCACCAUGUUAUAACUUAUAUGGGUCAUUCUACAGAAAAUGUGCAAAUCGGGGGCUGAAUUUUUGUAAGAAUUUGUAUCCUAUUUUUUUCCCCCAAACUUGUCUUCCAACAUAUGUCAGGUAGACAUACUGUAUAUGCUACUUGCACACUUUGUAUUGCAUAUUUGACCUGUUUUCCUUACCACCCUACUAAAUAUGUAACUAUGGAAACCUAGUGAACACGUUGCGGUAAAGGGAGAACCGUGGCACAGUAGUGAUCAUUUUGAUUAACGUACUACAGAUUACAUUUGCAUAACAAAAUAGUAAAAACAUAAAUAUAAUCUUGUUUGUUCUCUGUGAAAUGUUGAUUGAUUGAAUUACUUCCUGCAUCUAAUUUAAUUGUGUUUUUAGUUGUUUAAAUGAUCACUUUACCUAUCUUUAUUUUGGCAAAAGACCAGGUGUUUCUGUGUCAAGUGUCAAUCAUAGAGAUCUAUGGAGCGAACACACUAGGUGGCUAUAACCCUGAAUUUAUGUGGUUUUGAGUUCAUGAGCCCUUUAAUAAAUUGUAAUAAACUCAAGUAGGAUGAAUUUGAGUACAGUAUAGUAGAGCACAGUACAUUAUAGUAUAACACAAUAUAGUAGGAUACAGUAUAGCACAUUAAAGGUGUCUAUGUUUUGGCCAAAUGUCAGUGUUUUGGCUCUUGGGGGGUUGGAGCCCCCCUCCUGGCUAUGCAUCUUAAUACUUGACACUUUUUCCUGAAGUGUGCACUUGUCCACUACCCACAUGGUGGUCCUCUCUUCCUCAGUUGGUAGAACAUGACGCAUAAAACCUUUACAUGGAGAUAGCACCAGUGAGGCUGUCACAGAUACCAUAAUGGCACAGAUACAAAGAUGAUAACUCUAUAUAUCUUUAUGGUGUCAAUUAUUUCGGUCGUAACCGUUUUGGUUUGGACAAUUUUGACACAUUUUGGACUUUAAAGAAUCGCCAUAGCUAACAUAUAGCUGGCUAUCUUUCAUUUGGGCAGAUGUACAUCGCAGAACCGUGCGUUACAUAUUAAUUGAUUACACUAGAUGUUCGGCAGUGACACUGCUUAAAAAUACAUGAAGACUUACUUGCUCACUCGUUUUCUCUAAAAUGUGUGCGGACAGACUACUCACCAUGUGGUCAUGCUGGAGAGGGGUGGGCUAAGACACUGCAUUUCAAUGCAAGAGGCAUCACUGCAGUAGCUGGUUCGAAUCCAGGCUGCAUCACAUCCGGCCGUAAUUGGGAAUCCCGUAGGGCGGUGCACAAUUGGCCCAGCGUCGUCAGGGUUUGGCCGGUGUAGGCCAUCAUUGUAAAUAAUAACUUGUUCUUAACUGACUUGCCUAGUUAAAUAAAGCUAAAAAAAAAAUGAAAUUACAAAUGUAAAAAUAAUCCCAUCACCUGGUGAUAUUUGUGGGGGUGUGGUUUAAGGCACAUUCAUUCUACAGUCUUUAAAUGUGUGUGUUUCAGUAGUGCCAUCAACAGGAGGGACAGCAUUUAUUUGAACAAGAAAUGUUAAAUUAAACAAAACUACUAAUUAGAUCAGUAUCUUUCAAUGUAAUAAUAUAAUAACUCGAUGUUCUAUUCAAAUUGUAGCAUAAAAAAUGUGCUUUAUUUUCAAAGAUGGAGUUGAGGAGUCAGGGUUUGGGACAACACAUCUCAAUAGAAAUAGCUGGUUAAACAAUGACUGUACUAAAUUGUUUUGCCUUGGAUUGAAUUAGAACAUAUCAUGAUGUAAAUAAAUGUCCUAGGUUUGGACACCUAACUGUUUAAAAAAUAUAUUUUGGGGGAUGGGACUUCAAUUUGCACCACUUCUGUAGAAUCGCCCAUAUACAAGGACAAGGAAGCUAUGGCUGCCUACCAUAUCCCUAUCUAAAAAUGAGUUAUAUUCUUCCUUUCAAUUCCAUUUUGAUGUUAUUACCACAUAUAAUGCAAUAUGAGUACUGUAAGACUAGAUUUGCUGGAAGAAGGUUAGAAAAAUCGGAGUAUUGCCAACACUGUCUGAAAUGUGUAGCUGUCUGUUUGUGCACUAUGUAAAACGUAUUGGGCAUUAUGGUUCACUUGUACAUAGUGGAGAUUUGUUUAGACUGUUUACUACUAUACUGGAAGUCCUACUGGAUGGCUUAACAUUCAUGUAUUAUCACUGCCCUAUAAAAACUGUCCUGGCUGGCGUGAAAGGGUCCCGCCAUAACCCUCACCAUUUCUUUCUGAUGGAUCAUUAGACAAACGUUUUAAAGGCUUUUUCCCCUUCACAUACCAUUUAUCUUUUUCUCACUCUCCUCAACACCAAAGAAUAAAAGCAGACAUAGCAGUGGUUGUAUUCUAUCUGUUCAAGUUUGACAGAGAUAUUAUAAUCCUAACGUAGACUAAUUUUUUUUGGGGGGGGGACAACUGAAUGCAUUAAACCGAGAUGUACAUAGACAAAUGUUGAGGGUACUGAAGUCAUCUUGGUAGGAAACAAAAUGUGGAGUGCAAUUUGCCAAUGUAUUGGGUCUUUGCAUACAGUAGAUCUCUGACAAUAAUAUGUUUAUGUUCAUUUGCAGUUAUGUGGGAGAACCACUCAAUGGACAGAUUGGACACAUUUCUGGCAGCCCCUAAAAGUCUUUACAAAUUUCCACAAGUAAAAGUUGUAGUUGAAGCCUACACACUUAGAAAAUAGGGCUCCAAAAGGGUUCUUUGGCUGUUGCCAUAGGAGAACCCUUUUUGGUUCCAGGUAGAACCCUCUGUGGAAUGAGUUCAUCAUGGAACCCAAAAGGGUUCUACCUGGAACCAAAAGGAUUCUACCUGGAAUCAAAAAGGGUUCUUCAAAGGGUUCUCUUAUGUGGACAGCCGAAGAACCCUUUUAGGUUCUCGAUAGCACCUUUUUUUCUAAGAGUGUGCCUAGCAUUCUUGUGUACUUUCCUGUUUCACACAUGCUUUUUCCUGUUUGAAAUGGUAUCUCUUAUUUUCCCUAAAAACCCACCUGUAGUGGUUUUAAAAGUCAGCAAAGUAAACGUUUAGACUGAAUAAUUCUUGAAAUGUCCCUGUGCUGCAAUGAACAAUAUGUAUUUUUGUAACAAGAAGAACUUGUAGAUAUUUUCUUUAAAAAUGAAAUUGUAUGUUGUAUAUUUAACAAACUUAAAAUGCUGCUUAGAAUAAUCUAUUCUAUUUUUCAAUGUCAAUGUGCCUGAUAAGCAUUCCUAGAGAGAUUAGAACUGUACAUAUGCAAGAGCUGCUCUAUAUGUGACAUGAUGACAAAAAUACCAAAAUACAGAACUCAUUGAA